AUGUACAAAUCGUAUUUUUACACGGAUUCGUUUCAGAGACGGCUCAAAGGAAAUGGUGUGAAAAUCGAUGAACCGGAAACGUCGAAACCCAACGUUGUUUCCAAACAGCAAAGACAACAUCAACACGAUUUACUUAUUGCGGAAUUAAAGAGGAAACAAUGUCUCGACGAUAAAACUCUUUCGACUACAACGAAUUCGACGCCAAAACAACAACAAACGUUUUGA